AAUCAGCCCAAUGACUGGUGACUAAAAGCACAGAGGACUGGGCGGGAUCACAGCUACUAAUAAUGCCUUCUUAUCCAAUGAAAAACAUUUCCCAUUGAGACCCCCAAGAGUUCCCCCUGCCCACAGAUCCUGCAUAGACACUGGGCCUUUUCUUGCGUCCUGUUUCCUAAGGCAUGAUGGCUGCAACAUUCUGCAGUUUCUCUCCCCUAACAAAGGAAUGGAGAUAACUGCGAGUAGCCUCAAUUUUAAAGGAUGAACGACAAUCCGUAAAAAGCUAGAGCAGGCAGAUUUUACUUAUGGGAUUAAACAAACCUUCAUUUAAAAAAAAAAAAAUGGAUAAGUCUAUGGACUGCCAGAGAGGAAUCUGUCUGAAAACUGCUAACUAGGUAGCUGUCGGGCGGCAUGCUAUCUUUAGCCCUGUAUCUCUUGGAAAACAUCUGAAUGUUGGCUUCGAUCUCAUUUGUCAUGCCACACAGCCAACAGCUAUCAGCUAAAGAUAAUCAUAAUGUAUCCAAUACCACCUACAAUUUGCUAUUUAAUCUGUAUUGCCACAAGAUCUCUUUUUGAUGCAACUCCAACUCCUGACUAGUGGUUUCAUCUGUCAAAAAUGCUCUAUAGUUUUACCUGACAGGAUGACAGGACAUAACAAAUAUGAGGCACCAGAGAUUCAAGCCACAACAUUAGAAUAUGUUUCUUAAGGAAGAGCAUGCUCACUAACUUAUUUUAUGGAUGCCACUGAAUUCAGCAUUGAAGGGCUCCAAAAGCACGUCACAAACCUGGAAUGGGAAACCACAGCAAUAAUCAUACCUGUUUGACAGAUGAUUCCUUUAAAUACAACCUGUAUGGGGCCGUAUACAGCGUGGUAUUCAUCCUUGGCUUGAUCACAAACUGUUCCUCUUUGUUUGUUUUCUGCUGUCGAAUGAAAAUGCGAAGCGAGACAACUAUUUUCAUGACAAACCUUGCUGUCUCUGACUUGCUGUUUGUAUUCACUUUGCCUUUUAAAAUAUUUUAUAAUUUCAACAGGCACUGGCCUUUUGGGGACACUCUGUGUAAGAUUUCAGGGACUGCAUUUCUCACCAACAUAUAUGGCAGUAUGCUGUUCCUCACCUGCAUUAGUGUCAACCGUUUCCUGGCUAUUGUCUACCCAUUCAGAUCUCGUACCAUUCGGACAAGGAGAAAUUCAGCCAUUGUGUGUGGAGGAGUCUGGAUACUAGUCCUCAGUGGAGGAAUUUUAGCCUCCUUGUUCUCCACAACCAACGUCUCCAACACUAGCACAACCUGCUUUGAGGGUUUUUCCAAAAUUGUUUGGAAGACCUAUUUGUCUAAGAUCACUAUAUUUAUUGAAGUGGUAGGAUUCAUAAUUCCUUUGCUAAUCAACCUCACAUGCUCUUCACUGGUUCUGAGGACUCUCCGGAAACCUGCUACAUUAUCUCAGAUUGGGACAAACAAAGAGAAAGUAUUAAAGAUGAUCAUUGUGCAUGUAGCCAUUUUUGUAGUAUGCUUUGUGCCCUACAAUUCCAUACUUUUCUUAUAUGCUCUUGUGCGAUCUCAAGCCAUAGCAAACUGCUCCUUGGAGAGAUUUGCUAGGACAAUGUACCCAAUCACAUUAUGCAUUGCAACAAUGAAUUGCUGCUUUGACCCAUUCAUUUAUUACUUCACAUCAGAAUCUUUUCAAAAGUCUUUCAAUAUACACCCCCAAAUACAAAUGGACUCCAUUUCCAAGACAGAAACACCUCUAACAAUGAAGACUGCACUGCCUGCAAUACAGGAGGAAGUGACUGACCAGGCUAUAACAAAUGGAGGUGACCCAACUGCUGAAUCACAUUUUUAAUGGCUUGUUUACACAACACAUAGCGUUAUUCCUGAUUAACUAUCCCUGAUUCACUCCCAGGGGUGAAAGUAGGCCAGUACAGUGUAAUGGUAAGAAGCCGGUACUGGCCUGUAUGCAGCUGGCUUUAAAGUGCUGCUGUGGCAGUGCAUUAACGUCGCGACUCCUUUUGCCCCGCCAUUGGCGGCCCUGCUGGAAGGGACCUUACCAGCAGGGCCGCUGAUGGGAGGGGAAAAAGAGGCAGCUGCCCUGGUGAUUUAAAAGGGCCCAGGGCUCCUGGCCACCGCUGCUGCUACCGGGGCAGCGGCCGGAGCCCUGGGCCCUUUUAAAUCGCCGCCGGAGUCCCGGCCGGCACGGAACAGGCAUCACGGAUGGGCUGGCUGGGGGAGGCUGAUCCCCAGCCCCGCCCCUUCCAGAGCAGGCCCCCAUACUGGUAAGUGCUGAAUAUUACUUUCACCCCUGUUCACUACACCUAUGGAUAUUCUUAUUCCAAAAUAAGAGUGCCUUGUUCCUGUUUAUCUUAACUCACUUGAAUUUCGCUUUCAAAUGGUCCACAUUUGGAGUUAAUUGGGGAUUUCUCCAUGUGAAGAUAAGCCCAUCGGAUAACAGGUUUCUCAAUUUUGAGAACUCAAGAUAUGCAAGUCCAGGUAGAUCUCUCUCUGGAGAUUAUUUAUGGAGGGAAUGGAGCGGAUUCUUGCAUUGAACGAUGCCAAAAUUUGGUAUGUUUUCCUAGGAUUAAACAUGGGACCAGUCAGGAAAUAUAAAAACUUUAUCUUACUUUAGAAAUCUCAGUCAAUUUUUUCCUGCCUUCUGAAAAUACAGGAUAUGUUAACUCAAUUUCACACCUAUGUAUGUUUUCUUUCAAACAUAUAAUAAAAACUUUCAGCUUUA